GUCUGACCGGUAACGAGUAUGUGACAGUGACAAAAAGAGAGCAUCGAUCCGGAGGCAGAGAAAUAUGACUGCAGCCUUUCUCCUGCUGUGUGCUGUCGGGAUCCUCUCCCUUGAAGUCGUGUCAGCACACAGUCAGCGGUGUGAACCCAAUGAUGAGGUGGCAUGUUUUGCGCCAGCUGAUUAUCUGAAUGCGAGUGGUCCUGUCAACCUAGAAGUGUGUGUUGGUAAGAAACUCAUCAUCUCCCCAGACGGCUUCGAUGGAUACCCUGUCUGUCACUGGAUCAGAGGAAAAGACCCAGUAAUGACACUAAAGAGGAAUGACUCGAUAGUCCUGCCACCGCUCUCUGAGACAGAUUCUGGGGAGUACACGCUGAGCUGUGAAACCAGCAAUGGGACCAAGUCCUCAAUGACUGUGUCUUUAGAUGUGGUAAUGAAACAUCCCACAAAGCCACAGCUGACACUGGAGGGUGUAGAUGAGACGUUGUAUUCCCCCAGUUUCAGAUGCAUUUCAGAGAGCUGCCCAAAGUCCACAAUUGAAUGGUCUGGAGGAGAGACAGAGAGCACAAUAUCAAGUACCCAAUAUGUUGAUAAAGGAGUGAUAUGCUGUGCCACGAAUGCUGCAGGAGAAGAGUGCUCCCAACUGUAUGACUACGAUCUAGACAAGGAUCUAGUGGAUGAUGAGGUUUCUAAUGCGACUUUGAGCCCUGAACAGUCUUUACUGCUUCGUGCGCGAAUGAGAAGUUAUGGUUCUCCAUCGCCUGUGUGGGAGAAAGCUGGGAAAACACUGGACAACAAAAAAUUAACAUGUUCUUCCAAAGUCAAGAAGAUGUGCAUUAAAACAGACUCACAUGAUGGAAGUCUGAUGACCUACCUGUUCAUCAAGUCAGUUAGUGUGGAGGACAGUGGUACAUACACCUGCAGGAGUCCAGGAAAAAAACUUAAGUCUGUUUCCAUUCAUGUCCAGGCUGAAGGUUUCCUCUCUGUCCAGUUGGAUAAGAGCAAGAUUAUAUCAGCUGAGGAUGCAUCUAGCUCCUGUUUGCAAGCCAGUGUCACCUACCACCCUGUACUCCAGCACUGUUCCUGGCAGGCUCCUGAUAAAACUAAAACUAAAUGCACCAAGGACAAAUUGGUAACAAAACACAGGACUGUGAAGCUAUGUGAUCCACUCAAAUCAGGAGAUUACGAGUUACACUUGGAAGCUGGAGGACAAAAAGAAACGAGGACUAUAUCAGUUUGUGUUGUUGACAAACCGCAGUUCAUUCUGAAGGUUAACAACAGUGAUGAUACCCUCACCGUUGAGACUGUGACUCUUGUGCCAGCAAAUUAUACCUGGAUGUUAUGUUCUUCACCAGAUGACAGUUGUGAAACAGAUUCUUCUUGGAAAGAGAUCCCAGACAACUUUGAAACAGACUCUGAUGUCUUCUGCAACAAAACGAUCAAGAACUCACUUAGAAGAGAUCCAGCGGAUGGGCACCAUUUAAAAUUUUGCCUUACAAAUUCAGUUGGCUUCUGGUGUUCCAAAUCAAUAUACUUCCGACCCUUAUACCAGUCCUCCAUAGGCACUCAAAGUACUGACAACGAAAGCUUAAUGAUGCUGAGAAUAGGCAGUUUGCUCCUGCUUCUGGCUUUGGCAGCGGUCAUUAUGGCGCUCAUGUACUUUGUCAAAAAAAAGAAACCCCAGUAUCAGCCCCAGCUUCAGAUCAUCCAGAUGGUUGGACCCAAUGACAAUGAUUACAUCUACAUCAACUUCAAGGACUUUGAAUACGAUCUGAGAUGGGAGUUUCCCAGGGAGAACCUGGAACUGGGAAAAGAACUGGGCUCUGGGGCUUUUGGCAUGGUGCUCCAAGGUACAGCCUACGGCAUCAACAAGCCUGGAGUCUCUCAGCAGGUGGCUGUGAAGAUGCUCAAAGAGAAACACCAGACAGUGGAGAAGGAGGCACUGAUGUCAGAGCUCAAGAUGCUGACUCACAUCGGUCACCACGCCAACAUUGUUAACCUGCUUGGGGCAUGCACAAACUCAGGACCCAUAUACCUGAUUUUCCAGUACUGCUGUUAUGGAGACCUGCUGAACUACCUAAAGACCAACAGUGAGCGCUACCACAAGUCUGUGACCGAUGCUUUCAAAAAGGAUCGUUUCAGCAGCCUUUACCACAACCUGCAGCCUAAGAAAAACUCUUGUGAGCUGCAACUGACAGUGGACAGUUAUGUGCCAAUGCAUGCCGCUACCACCAGGGGGCAGGAGGACAUCACCCUCCUCACCCUCAACUCCGGCGACAUGCACAUGUAUGAAGAGAUCUAUGAAAGCCAAGACGAUCCUGAUGACGACCAAGAAGCCCUGACCUUUGAUGACCUGCUGAGCUUUGCCCUCCAAGUGGCCAAGGGCAUGGAGUUCCUCUCCUCCAAGAAUUGUAUCCACAGAGACCUUGCAGCUCGAAACGUGUUAGUGACAAAGGGCAGACUGGUGAAGAUUGGCGACUUUGGGCUGGCCCGAGACAUCGACAACGACUGCAACUACGUUGUGAGAGGAAAUGUGCGUUUACCAGUGAAGUGGAUGGCACCAGAGAGCAUCUUUCAGGGGAUGUACACCAUGAAGAGUGACGUCUGGGCUUAUGGCAUUCUGCUCUGGGAGAUCUUCUCACUCGGUGUCACUCCGUAUCCUGGGAUGAAGGUGGACCACACGUUCUAUUCGAUGAUUGAGAGAGGAUUUAAGAUGGAGUGUCCGUACUAUGCCAACGAGUCCGUGUAUGAGAUGAUGUGUAAGUGUUGGGCCCUGGAUGCCGGCAACCGCCCUUCAUUCUCCAAACUGGUGUCCUUUAUGUGUGACCAGCUGACAGACAGAGAGCAGAAGCUGUACCACAACAUGCUCGACCAGACCUCCAACGACUACCAGAACACACCAGCCGAUCUCGACAUUUCUGCCUUGGCACAACAGGAUGAGAACAAGACGCAGUUGGCCAAUGACUACUGUCGAACCCAUGCAACUGAAGAGAGCAAAGCAGAAACGUCUGACUUGGACACUGAGGCAGCUGAGGAGAAACUUGUCAAACCAUCUGAUAGCGAGUGAUCACUUAUCACUUAAUGCAUUUUGAUGUUCAAACCAUUUUAUCUGUAUUUGUAAACAGUUUAUACAAUAAUCUCAACAUAUAUAUUGUAGAGUCCACUUCUUUUAUAUUUUAAUGAAAUGUUGUAAACAUAUUUUAGAACCAUAGGUGGGUUUGAAUAAGAGAACUGUGGCAUGUAUUUCACAUAACUUCACAUAAUUUUCUAAGUAACAGAACAAAGAUUUUUAUUAUACAUAUAGGCUAGGAUUGAAGAAAAUCACUAUAAUAAUAUGUUCUGAAUGUAAAUAUAUUCUUCUUUUAUAUUUUUAUCAUGUUUCAUUGUGCAGCUAAAAAUUAAAAACAGGUUUUGUAAAGGAAUCCGAAAUAUUCUCAGGGUCUAUAAUAAAGACAUGUAAAUCAGGGGUUGUAACUUUCAUCUAAAUUAGGACAAUAUACCGUAGCAACUUAUCAACCUUUGGUUUUAAGUUGUAUUAUACGUAUAUUCCAUUGUUACUGUACGGCAACAACCCUUUGCCUUAAAACAUUGUUAGACAUUGUAAUGGAAAGGAUUUCCUUGUAUCAGCAGCUAUUUGUACACAUUUAUAUAUUUUGACACAGCUUUCUAUAUAUAUAUUUUAAUUGUAUCAACAUGUUUAAGCAAUAAAAUGUACUUUACAUAUUA